AUGGCAUCCCAGGCCACUGGAUCUAAUCGUCUCUUCAGCCCGCAAAACCACCUCCAUAAUCUCCCUGCAGAUGUAAGCCACUAUGCUCCUCCACUAUCUGCGUACUUGACCGAGGAAUGCGGUCCCUCAGGCGUUUACACAGAGUAUAAUAUGGCCAAACAGUUGGCGCUGGUAUCUGGAAGCACGGACAUGCCACUUUUGAGUCCCAUGUUGCUGAAACGGCUUCAAACACUCAAGAAAAUCCGCACUACUGGCUACAAUCUGAUUGUGCCCAUUGGCAUUGGGAAAACCAUGGCACAGCUAGAUGCAGAGGCCCAGAUGAAUGAUGACGACUCCCAUUGUGUUCAGGAGAACCUGGUCCAUGGAACCACGAAUGCAGAGGCUCUGGCAGUGAUGGACGCCAAUGUCAACCCAAACCAAGAACCUGGAACCACCGACAACGUCUUGGGCAUGGAUCGUGAUUUGGACGCCCAGGUGGUGGAUGCCGAUGCCAGUGAUACGUUUGAUGAGGAUUUCGACAACCAUGUGGAGUCGUUGGGGCACGACGGUUUCAUGGCCGAAGAUGUGGAGUACCAAAACGAUCACAGCCUAGGGAUGGUGUCUGCCUCCACGGAGAGAUCCAGAGUUGUGUCUGGAAACUCAUUUGUAAGCCAUCUGAUUUUAACGGGAUCUACUCCAGCAACAACUUUGUCGGGAAAUGUAUUGGCAUGUGAUGACUCCGAUAUGGAUAUGGCAAUUGAAGAGUAG